AUGGGAAUAAUAAUAAAGAGUCAAUUUCAAGCGUAUUUUGUUCUGUUAAAAACACCUGACCACUUGUCAAUCAGCAAAAAAAGAAAAUAAAAAUAGACAAAAGAAGAAAAUAAUAAUUUCUGUUCAUUGGAAUAAAAAAUGCCUUUUAUUUUACCACUCCUAGGACUGUGGGCGACAGUAUUUGGAAUACCGGCAAUAUUCCAGGCACGUGAUAAUGCUAAACUUGCUGCUGAUAAAACACCAACAAAUACUGCGGAGAAUUUAUCGAAUCCCACAAUUAAUUUUACAACCGCAAUUCUUUUAAAUUCAACAUCGACCGCAAUACCCAGCAUUGAUUUGCGAUUAUCUGGUCUGACAAACACUAAGAAUGGUAGUGCUAAUGCUUCUGGAAAUUCUGAAAAAGUUGAUAAAGCUGCUGAUGUUUCUACUAAUCUUUCAGCAACGAAUGGAUCUGCAACCAAUGGAUCUGCUGGUGCUUCUAAUAAUCUUUUAGGAGCAAAUGAAUCUGCUAAGUCUUCUAUUAAUCUUUUGUCUUCAAAAGUUUCUGGUAAUGAUGCUAAUAAUCCGACAAACACAGAUGGAUCUGGUAAUGCUCCCAUUAAUCCAAUAAACCCAUCUGGUUCUGGUAAUCUAGCAAACAGAGCUGCUUCUGGUAAUGCUCCUAAUAAUCCUUUAGAAGCAAGUAAAUCUCCUGAUGCUGCUAAUAAUUCUCCAAUUACAAGUGAAACAGCUAAGACUCCUAAUAGUCUUGCAACUGAAGCUGCAAAAGGUUCUAUUAAUCUAUCAACCACAAGUGGUUCCGCUGAUACUCCUAAUAAACCAACAACCACAAGUGGUUCCGCUGAUACUCCUAAUAAACCAACAACCACAGUUGGUUCCGCUGAUGCUCCUAGUAAACCAGAAACCGCAAUUAAAUCUGCCAAUGCUGCCAAUGAUCUUACAAGUACAACUGCAUCUGCUAAUGCUUCUAAUAAUCCUUCAAACCCAAAUUCAUCUACUACAACCCAAAAGACAACUACUCUAAAUUCCAGCAAUAAAACGCCGGAUAAAGAGGCCAAAUCUGCUCUGGAAUAAUAAUUAAAAUCCUCCCAUUGCACCAGGCACUACAUUGAAUUUAACGUCAAGUAUUAUUUCAGUCUAGAAAUUCUUGUGCCCAAUGGAUAAUAAAUUAUUUUCAAAAUCAAAGCGAGCAGACGUAAUAAAAUACCUAUAAUACACUAAACAGAUUAUAACAGGUUUAGUUUAUGUUGAAUAAAUAAAUUCUGUAAUAACCAAAA